CUGGGCCAGUUCACAAGAGCCAUAGUCCCCCACCGGCCCAGGGGCUUGGGCUGCUCACCCACCACCCCACAUGGUGCCUGGAGCUGAUGGGAGGCUGCAUGAAAGAAUUCAGAUAGGCAUGAAGCCCUAUGAAUGCUUAGAGUGCGGGAAGAGGUUCACUGACGGAACAGCUUUUAAAGAGCAUCAAAGAACUCACACAUCAGAGAAGCCCUAUAAAUGCUUAGAAUGUGGAAAGAGCUUUAGUUUCAAGUCAGGGCUUAACGCCCAUCACAGGAUCCACACAGGCGAGAAGCCCUAUGAAUGCUUAGAGUGUGGGAAGAGGUUCACUACAAAAUCAAGCCUUGACGCCCAUCACAGGAUCCACACAGGAGAGAAGCCUUAUAAAUGCUUAGAGUGCGGGAAGAGUUUCUGUAACAGAUCACAGCUUUAUACACAUCAAACAACCCACACAGGAGAGAAGCCCUGUGAAUGUUUAGAGUGUGGGAAGCAUUUCAUUUCAAGGUCAUACCUUAACAUCCAUUGCAGGAUCCACACUGGAGAGAAGCCGUAUAAAUGCUUACAAUGUGGGAGGUGCUUCAGCUACAGCACAGUUUUGAAACAGCAUCAACGAAUCCACACAGGCGAGAAGCCUUAUAAAUGCUUAGAAUGCGGGAAGAGUUUCAGUCAGAACGGACACCUUUACACCCAUCAAAGGAUCCACACAGGCGAGAAGCCUUUUAAAUGCUUAGAGUGCGGGAAGAGUUUCAGUAAGAGCGCACACCUUAACACCCAUCACAAGAUCCACACAGGAGAGAAGCCCUAUGAAUGUUUAGAGUGCGGGAAGACUUUCAGUAGGAGCUCACACCUUAAAUCCCAUCACAGGAUCCACACAGGCGAGAAGCCCUAUAAAUGCUUAAAGUGUGGGAAGACCUUCAGUCGGCGCUCAAGCCUUGACACCCAUCACAGGAUCCACACAGGUGAGAAGCCUUAUAAAUGCUUAGAGUGCGGGAAGAGUUUCAAUCAGAGGCCACACCUUAACACCCAUCACAAGAUCCACACAGGAGAGAAGCCGUAUGAAUGUUUAGAGUGCGGGAAGAGCUUCACUGAUGGAAGGUGCCUUAAAAUACACCACAGGACCCACACAGGCGAGAAGCCCUUUAAAUGCUUAGUGUGCGGGAAGAGGUUCACUACAAAAUCAGGCCUUGACGGCCAUCACAGGAUCCACACAGGUGAGAAGCCCUAUGAAUGUUUAGAGUGCGGGAAGAGUUUCUGUAACAGAUCACAGCUUUACACCCAUCAAACGACCCACACAGGCGAGAAGCCCUAUAAAUGCUUUGAGUGCGGGAAGAGUUUCAGUCAGAGUUCAAGACUUGACGCCCAUCACAGCAUCCACACUGGCGAGAAGCCUUAUAAAUGCUUAGAGUGCGGAAAGAGUUUCAGUCAGAGAUCAGGCCUUAACGUCCAUCGAAGGAUCCACACAGGCGAGAAGCCCUAUGAAUGCUUAGAGUGCGGAAAAAGCUUCACUGCUAGAAAUAGCCUUAAAAGACAUCAAAGUAUUCACACUGGUGAGAAGGCCUAUAAAUGCUUUGAGUGUGGGAAGAGUUUCAGUCAGAGCUCAAACCUUAAGGCCCAUCACAGGACCCACACUGGGAAGUAGCCUUUUAAAUGCUUAAAUCUUUUCAAUCUUUCCAAAACAUAAGAUCUUCAAAUGGAGCACAGCAAAGGGACAACAGGGAAGGGUCCCACCUGGAUACGGGAAAGCAGACAGGACUUCCAUGCCUGGAGCAAAUUAAAUCUAUCCUGGCUGGGCAGAAGUGCCACACUGACGAUGAUUCGACCCCAGUCCGUCUUUCGGACUCUCCCUGUCCAGGUUUCAGAAGAAUUCCUUAAGAAGGGGCAAAGACUACUUUUGCCCACAGGGAGAAAAAAGCUAGGCUUCAAAAGCUAGCUCUUUACAGGAAUACCAAAAAUGGAACAAACAGUUCCAUCAUUAAGGGGAACGAUUUUCCUUCCUAUGAGGCCAUCAAACCUGGCAUACAUAACCAACCCAUUUACCCAGGCUACCUUUUCAGUUUGGAAGCAAUGGGUGACAAAGCUUGCCCCAUUUCCCCCUCCUCCCAUUCCUGGACCACCCGGCAUUUUGUGAACGGGACAAAUGUGGACAAUACAGGGAAUGGGAAGCCAGAGGACAUUACAGAGUAGGGGAUCUUGUUGACAAAGGACUACCCAUUUCCCCUGCAAAACCGAAUGAUCUAUUAGUCGGAACACGAGCUGGGUGGAUGCAGAAACUCCACAUUAAAGUAUUUGCUCAAAAGGUGGCCUGAAACACGGCAUUAACAAACUUUGAAUUUUUGUGUCUUCAAACCACAGAAAACAUGAAAGGGCUGUUUUCUAUCAUUUAUAACAUACUUUUGGAAGCAACAAUGGGUGACACGCAAAGUUUAAAGACAGUCUGGGGAACUGAUCUGCAGUUCCAAAUAGACAACAAAAGUUGGACCAAACUACCUUUUACGCAGU